CAGAGUAACCUGAGCACAGGGAGCAUCAGCAGCAUCUCUGCUGCUCAUCCUGCUGAUUGAACGAUGCGCCACCGCCGCCUGCCGCGGACCAGGUGUCCGAGCGCAGAGCCCGGACGCGGUUAACGUGACAGAAGGUCAGCCCGAAUCUAUGAGCUGCGCGCACGCGCCUCUUCUGGUCCCGUUCAGCAGACGAGCGAGAAGAUGCUGAGCCGCCUGAUGAGCAGCAGCAUCAGGAGUCUGGACAGGGAGUACAACUGCACCGUGAGGCUGCUGGACGACUCGGAGUACACCUGCACCAUCCAGCGAGAUGCCAAGGGACAGUACCUGUUUGACCUCAUCUGUCACCACCUCAACCUGCUGGAGAAAGACUACUUUGGCAUCAGAUAUGUUGAUCCAGACAAGCAAAGACACUGGUUGGAGUUUUCCAAACCAAUUGCCAAACAAAUGAAGUCCCAGCCUCCAUUCACCAUGUGUCUGCGUGUCAAGUUUUAUCCACCAGAUCCUGCUGCUCUGAAGGAGGAAAUCACCAGAUAUCUCGUCUUCCUGCAGGUCAAGAGGGAUCUUUAUCACGGUCGCCUUCUGUGCAAGACGUCAGAUGCAGCUCUGCUGGCUGCCUACAUUUUACAAGCUGAAAUUGGUGACUACGACCCAGGGAAACAUCCUGAAGGCUACAGCUCCAAGUUCCAGUUCUUCCCCAAACACUCUGAAAAACUGGAACGGUGGAUUGCAGAGAUCCACAAGACUGAGCUGAUAGGUCAAAGCCCUGAAACAUCAGAGCUCAACUUCCUUCAAAAAGCCCAGACACUGGAGACGUACGGAGUGGACCCUCAUCCAUGCAAGGAUGUUUCGGGGAAUCCAGCUUUCCUGGCCUUCACUCCGUUUGGAUUCACUGUGCUGCAAGGAAACAGGAGAAUCCAUUUCCUCACAUGGGAGGAGGUAACCAAACUCAAAUUUGAAGCAAAGACAUUUCAUAUAUAUGCAAAUCAGACUGAGGACAGGAAGAUUAUUCUAACUUACUUCGCACCGACACCAGAGGCCUGUAAGCAUCUGUGGAAGUGUGGAGUAGAGAACCAGGCCUUCUAUAAGUUGGAGAAAUCAAGUCAAGUCCGCACUGUGUCCAGUAGUAAUCUCUUCUUUAAGGGUAGUCGAUUUAGAUACAGUGGAAAAGUUGCAAAAGAGGUGAUGGAACAAAGUGCCAAAAUUAAGCGAGAUCCUCCUGAGAUCCAUAGGGCUGGCAUGGUUCCCAGUAGAAGUUGUCCAUCAAUCACGCACGGCCCUCGUCUGACCAGUGUGCCCAGAACCCGGCGGAGAGCUGUGCACAUCUCCAUAAUGGAAGGUUUGGAGUCUCUGCGAGACAGUGCCCACUCCACACCUGUGCGCUCCGUCUCCCAUGGUGACUCCUUCAUGUCUUCCCGGGGCCAGAUAGAGGACGGCGGCGAGGCAAGCACAUCAGCUGUGAUCUCCGACGAGGUCUACAGCCCCUCGGACAGCGUGCUGCCCUCGCCUGUGGCGGAGCAUGGGGUGGAGAUGCCUUUGGCUCGUCACCUCAACGGUGCACCCCGCAGCAUCGAUGAGGAGUCAGAGAUGGGGGUAUUGAAGGAGGGACAGGCCACAGAGUCUGGGCCCGGCAAAAGAGCACUGCACACCGUCAGAAGCAAGCAGUCAUCACAGAGCGACGUAGAGGAGCUGAAUAAGUUCAUCCUAAGUGUGCUGCGCCUGUUCCUGGUCACCAUCGGCCUGCUGUUUGCCCUGCUGCUGCUCCUCAUCAUGCUGACAGAGUCAGACCUGGACAUUGCUUUCCUUAGAGACAUUCGCAAGACACCCGAGUUCCAGCAGUUUCACUUUGAAUAUUUCUGCCCUCUGCGGCGCUGGUUCGCCUGUAAGUUACGGUGGAUGGGAGGGUUCCUUGUCAGCGACGUGAACUGAAAAAACAAACUGAAACUGAAUGACUUAAAGACCAUCAGUGAUGAAGAUGGGGAAGGUUCACCACACACGACAGCAAAUGGGGGAGAGGGUUAAGUUAACUGCCUUGGUAAUAAUAUUGGAAUAGCUACUCCCAUGAAUGAUUUCCUGUCAUAAGUUACAGACUGUAUACCUAUCACAGACAAGAAAUCACAUUUUACUUUAGAAAUUCACAUCAUCUCAAGGCUUUUUUUUUUUACACAAAAUCACAGAAACAGGGUUUAAUUAAAAUUAAGUCUUAUAGACUUCACUUAUUUAACCAGACUUUAUAGUUGCCUUUAUUUUUUUAAUUCAUUGAUAAAGUUGUAACAUUACUACAACAAGAGUGACCUGGAGUUUGAGGUGUUUUGGGAGAACAGAGUUUAGGUCAAGUUUGAAGGAAGAAAGCAGGAAUGUUACAUUAAAUCAAAUAGCAACAUUUGCGAUUGGAUCUCAUAAUGGCACCUUUUCUACAAGAAUGAGUAUUGUGGCAGAGCAGAAAAUAUGAAACGGAUA